CAGCACGCGCGGCUCAGCGCGAAAACCCUAGCUAAUUCCCCACCACCUCGGCGACCGAUCCCAUGGCGACGGCGAGGCUGCGAUCCGCGUCGGCGUCCUCUCUCCGCGGGGCGCUCCUCCGCCACUGCGCCGCGGGGCCCGCAGCCGCUCCCGCGCGCACCGUCUCAGAUUUUCAGGUUACUAAAUCUGCAACGUGGAGGUAUUUCUCAACGUUUAAGCAGAAUCCUCUUGCAAAAGGCGACAGAUUCAGUCCAAUCCCUUCUCUGUACGGUCAGGCAAGAUGGGCUUCUCAAGCCACUGCCAUCAAAGAAACUGACCCCAGUGGCGGCAAGAUAAGCAUUGGGCCCAAAUCCAAGCAGAUCAAGGAGGACGGCGAUAAAGAUGACGAACUUGUUUAUCAGGGACCGAUAUCAUCAACCAUCAAGAAAGUGAAGCUCCUGUCCCUAUCCACCUGCUGCCUCUCCGUCUCCCUCGGCCCCGUGAUAACCUUCAUGACUUCACCCGACAUGAACGUGAUCCUCAAGGGCGGAGUUGCAGCCACUGUGAUCUUCCUCAGCGCCACCACGACUGGAGCCUUGCACUGGUUCGUGAGCCCCUACAUACACAAGCUGAGGUGGCGGCAGGGUUCAGACAGUUUUGACGCAGAGAUCAUGUCGUGGCUGGCUACACCCCUGAAGAAGACGAUCAAGUUUGCUGACAUCAGGCCUGCGGAGACGAACCGGCCUUUCGUCACCUUCAAGGCCAAUGAGAGCUUCUACUUCGUAGACGCCGAUCACUUCCAGAACAAGGCCUUGCUGGAGAGGCUCACGCCCAAGCACCCUCACGAGUCCGCAUUCAAGAACUUAUGAUGCGAGUUGCUCCAGUGAGGCGGUGAGUGUGCCUGUGCUUGUGAACCUUGUUGGGCGCUCGGAUUUUAUUUUCAUGUAGCUUAUACUUGUGAGAAGAUCUUAGUAUAUGUCAUUGCUGUUAUUUACCUUC